CGAGAAUUCAUUCACUCUUAGAUUUUUUACCAAUCUCAAACCUUUCAUUUGUUUUUUUUUUUUGCUUUUGUUCGUUUUCGCACACAUGGCUUCCUCAUCCUCUUCAAUGCUCCCUGCUGCCGAUGCGCUGUCGUACGGCGUCGAGGAGUUCCGGUCUGCCGAUGGUCUCACUGUCACUGAGCUCAUGUCCAGCGGCGUCGGUAUCACCUACAACGACUUUCUCGUCAUGCCUGGCUUUGUCGGCUUUGGCUCGGACGAAGUGUCCCUCGAGACCAAGCUGACCAAGAAGAUCUCCCUCCAAACCCCGUUCGUCUCGUCCCCCAUGGACACGGUCACCGAGUCCGAGAUGGCCAUCAACAUGGCGCUGAUGGGUGGCAUUGGCAUCCUUCACCACAACUGCACUGCCGAGGAGCAGGCUGCCUUCGUGCAAAAGGUCAAGCGCUACGAGCAGGGCUUUAUUCUCGACCCCGUCGUCAUGCUCCCCACCGCCACUGUUGCCCAGGUCCUUGCUGUCAAGGAGCGUCAAGGCUUUGCUGGCGUUCCCGUCACUGACACUGGCAAGAUGGGCGGCCGCCUUGUUGGCAUCAUCACCUCCCGCGAUGUCGACUUCAUCCCCAAGGACCGCUGGUCGCAAACGCUGCUGCAAGACGUCAUGACCAAGCGCAGCGACCUCGUCGUCGGCAAGGCUGGCUGCUCGCUCGCCGAGGCCAACAAGAUUCUCCAGGAGAACAAGAAGGGCAAGCUGCCCAUUGUCAACGACAAGGACGAGCUCGUCGCCCUCAUUUCCCGCACAGACCUCAAGAAGAACAAGUUCUUCCCGCACGCCUCCAAGGACGCCAACAAGCAGCUUUUGGCCGGCGCUGCGAUCGGCACCCGCCUCGACGACCUCAACCGCCUCAAGAUGAUGGUCGACUCUGGUCUCGACGUUGUCGUCAUCGACUCGUCCCAGGGCAACUCUGUCUACCAGCUCGACCUCAUCAACCGCAUCAAGCGCGAGUACGCCGACCUCGAGGUGAUUGGUGGCAACGUUGUUACCGUCUCGCAGGCGCGCAACCUGAUUGCCGCCGGCGUCGACGGUCUGCGCAUCGGCAUGGGCAGCGGCUCCAUUUGCAUCACUCAGGAGGUGAUGGCUUGCGGCCGUCCUCAAGGCACUGCCGUCUACCAGGUCUCGAACUUUGCCCGCCACUUUGGCGUCCCCACGAUUGCCGACGGCGGUGUUUCCAACGUUGGCCACAUUACCAAGGCACUCGCUCUCGGCGCCUCGGCCGUCAUGAUGGGCUCGAUGCUUGCCGGCACCACCGAGGCCCCCGGCGAAUACUAUUUCAGCAACGGCGUGCGCCUGAAGAAGUACCGCGGCAUGGGCUCUCUCGACGCCAUGGACAAGGACGGCUCCAAGCAGCGCUACUUUAGCGAAAACGACUCGAUCAAGGUCGCCCAGGGCGUCUCUGGCUCGGUCGUCGACAAGGGCUCCAUCCAAAAGUUUGUCCCCUACCUCAUCUCUGGCCUCAAGCACAGCCUCCAGGACAUUGGUGUCCGAAGCGUGUCCGAGCUCAAGGAGGGUGUCUACUCGAACAAGGUUACCUUUGAGCGCCGCAGCCCCGCUGCCCAAGCCGAGGGCAACGUGCACAGCCUGCAUUCGUUUGAGAAGCGCUUGUACUAAGUGAACGCGAUUCAUUUUUUUUUGCACUGGUUAACUCUUUGAUCCAUCCAUCGCUUUGUUGAUGCCAUAGCUUGUUUGUUAUCCACGCAUGAGCUGUUUGUUGCUGUUUGUUAAUUCCCUUUGUGUUUUUUUUUAUUCCUUGUUCAAUAACAACAUUUGAUUUCUCC